AACGGUGAAAGCUGGAUACAUAACCAGUGCACCAAUGGAACAUGUGCCAACGGGAAAGUUAUUAAUGAGCAUGUACAAUGUGAGACUCCGAAGCCUAUAGCAUGUGAAAAUAACUAUCCUCCAAUCCAAGUGUAUGACGAAUCUGGAUGCUGUUUCCACUAUGAGUGUCAAUGUAUCUGCUAUGGUUGGGGAGACCCUCACUAUGUCACCUUUGAUGGAACAUACUAUGGCUUCCAAGGAAAUUGUUCUUACGUCUUGGUCAAAGAAAUCCUGCCAAAGUACAACUUCAGUGUUGUAAUCGACAAUUACUAUUGUGAUGCCCCAGAUGGGCUUUCCUGUCCUCAGUCUCUGACAAUUUAUUAUCAAUCUUACGAGAUAUUCAUGACCAAGAAGGACGUUGAUGGAGUUUUCACAAGUCUGAUUGAUGUAAACCAGCAACGCAUCAUCCCAGCAUAUGAGACCAAGGACUUCCGCAUCACAGACAACGGAAUUGACACCCUUUUAGUCAUACCAGCAAUUAAUGCCAAGGUGUCUUUCACUGGUCUUAUGUUUAGCAUAUACCUGCCCUGGGACAAGUUCAGUGGCAACACUGAGGGACAGUGUGGGACAUGUGACAACAACCGGACAGAUGACUGUCGCUUGCCAAAUGGGACUAUUGAUUCAUCUUGUCCUGACAUGGCACACCAAUGGCAUGUUGCUGACCACAAUAACAGUCAAUGUCAAAUUGGCUGCACCAGCAUGCAGACCUAUGCUGAUGCAUGUGCACAAGAAGGAGUCUGUAUUGAGUGGAGAAAUUAUACAAAUGGACAAUGUGACUUCACAUGCGAGAAACCCAAGGUUUAUAAUGCCUGCGGUCCACAAGUUGAACCAACCUGUAAUGCCUGGUACAAUUUCAAAUUCAUCCAGACUCAAAAUGAGUUCAGUGUCAUGGGAGAUAUACAAUUGGAGGGAUGUUAUUGCCCCAAUGGUACCAUUCUGAUGAGUUCCACUUCAAACUACUGUAUCCCCAGCUGUGGUAAGGAUGGUUCAAUAACAGCAUUGUAUGAUGACGGUGUGGCAAAUGAGACCUGGGUGAGCAACUGCCAGGAUUGUGUUUGUGACCCGUACGGUCUGGAAAUCCAAUGCCAGCCUGUGGCAUGCCAACAUCAGCCUCCUCUCACCUGUGAUCAGGAGGGCCAAGUUAAGGUCGUAGAAACUGUUGACUGUUGUCAAAAGGACAAAUGUGAGUGUGAUGUCAAACGAUGCUCUACUUCCAAGAUAACUUGUCCAGUCGGAUUCGAGACAGAGGCAACUAUGGGAGUCUGUUGCCCAACUUAUCAAUGCUUGCCAAUGGAUGUCUGUGUAUUUAACAACACUGAAUAUCAGCCUGGUACCAAUGUUCCCGAGGACAAGUGUAAGAAUUGUGUGUGUGGUGACAGGGUGGAUGCCCAAACCCAUCUACAUAUCAUUGAGUGUCAACCUACUGAAUGUGACACUCACUGCCAGCAGGGCUAUGAUCAUCAAGCCGUUCCUGGGCAGUGUUGUGGGAAGUGUGUACAGACAAGCUGUGUGGUUAUGCUGCCAGAUAACACCACACACACUAUUCAGCCUGGUUCCGUCUGGAUACCAUCUGGAGACAAGUGUCUAAAGUUUGAGUGCGUAAAGAUUAUGGACCAACUCAUCACAAUGGAGGCUAAGACUGUGUGCCCUGACUUCUACCCAGAAGACUGCAUACCCGGAACUGAAGUCAUUGCUCCAGAUGGUUGCUGCCAUGUCUGUAUUCCAAUAAAUAAGCCAUGCAAUGUGACAAAGGGCAAAGUGUACCUGGACAGCAAUGGCUGCAAGUCUGCAAACGAGGUGGAAGUGACAACAUGCAGUGGAUCAUGUAGCACCUAUGCCAUGUAUUCUCUUGAGGCCAACAUGAUGGAGCGCUCUUGUACCUGCUGUCGGGGAAGUAUCCACCACCAAGAAGGAAGUGGAGAUGAUCUGCCCAGACGGGUCAAA